CCCCAUGUAACGGAGAGCUGAACUACAAUUCCCAAUAGGUGCCGCUUCUGGAUGGCGUUCUCAGCUCGUAGCGCGUGUUGACUGUGCAUCGGCGGCGGGAGCCGUUAGGCAAAGAAAACUUGAUCCUUCACCUAUAAAAGAGUUUUCGUACCUCCAGUGCCCCUUCAUGCAGAUUUCUACUAUCACUUAUAUGACGAGAGUGCUUCCUAAUGUCACCAUUUCAAAAUUGAAGCUAGGGAUAUGCGAGGUACCAAGAGUUCUGAAGCUGAGUCCCAGAGGAUGCUAUCUUUCAGUUAAUCUUUGAAGAACUACAGUGGCUUUCUUCUUUAACUAGUUUCAAAGUAAUGAAUCAAGAUGAUUUGACCUGUGCGUCCAUCCAUCAAGUUGGGGAAUGAAAUUCGCUGCAGUGCUGAAUGCUGCAACCUGCAGAGUACUUGAUGAUUCUUUCAAACAACGUUGGCAUGCAGUGCAGAAAGAGCUGGCCUUCAUGCAUCGCAGCUUUUCUACCUUCCUUUCUCUUAAUUGUCAGAGAAAGGAUCUCAGCAAGUAUGAGCAAGUAGAUGAUAAGAAAUAUGCCUCUUUGGUCCGCUCUGUUGUCUCAACAAAAGUCAGCCCUCAGACCCCUGAGACCCUGCUCAGUGAGGAUAACCUCUUGUACGGACCGGUCAUCAGAUCAAAAUCAGCCAGCGCAGAUUCAGAAUCUGAAAGCCCCCAAAAUCUGGCCCCUUUCCUGAACUUUGAACGUCAGAAUACUGUGUGUGAACCAGGGCCUGUGCUCAAACUACCGCUGCAGUUAAUGUCACGGAGGGAUCACUCGAAGGCCAGCUUGCCUAGUGUGACACGCAUCUUGCAAUUGACCAUGAGUUUGGAGCAAGCAUUUUACUUGGAACGAUGGAAGCGGAGAAUGAUAACUGAGCUUGGCCAAGAUGGCUUCAAGGAGUAUUCAAAAAAUAUUCUCAACCGAGGAAAGCUUUUCCAUUCUGCUUUGGAGGAGACUCUUCUCUCGACCAAAAUUCCAAAAACUGAUGAUGAAGAAAUUACAGGGUACUUACACAGUGUGCAGGAAAUCUUAGCAGACAUUAGAGGAACUCGAGUCUUGGAGAGUGUUGUGACUCAUCUGCCAUUACAAUACAUGGGGCUGGUAGACUGCGUUGCAGAAUAUCGGGGCAAGUUGUGUGUUAUAGACUGGAAAACCUCUGAGAAGCCAAAACCAUAUUUUCGAAACACCUUUGAUAACCCGCUUCAGGUGGCAGCAUAUGCUGGUGCCCUGAACCAUGAUGACAACUAUAACUUUCAGGUUGAGCAGGGAUUGAUUGUGGUGGCCUACAAAGAUGGUUCACCUGCACAUGCUCACUUCAUGGACCGCGAACUGUUCCUCACUUGCUGGAAGAAAUGGCUGCUUCGACUGGAGAAAUACAAGAAGCAAAUUCAUGUUUCCACGUGACUAGCUUGAGUCUGUCUCAGGGCUGAAAGAGCACUCCAAUGCAAUACACUGACCCAGCUCCCAAAAACAUCUCAUGGAGCAGUCUUCAGGUGUUAGUGCAAAGUUUAAUCAAUACUUGUAUCUUUAAGGGUGUUUUACUGAAAUUGGAAAUAAGUAUCAUCUUAUUAUGUUUAUGACAUCACAUUUUGUAGAACCUUGAAUGAACUGCCAUAUCUUCUUCAACAAUGAUUGUUUCAAAGUACCUACUUAGGACAUCCUGAAAAAUGCUAUGUAAAUACUUGGUUUUAUAUGUGUUUAUGAUGUUACAAACAACAAAUUGUGAGAAAUCUAGUGUUGUUCAUUUCACCUUUAUCCUUGAUACUGAUGACUGAAUUUGUAAGGCUUCGUGGCAUUGAUGGAGGUAUGUUGGGUUGCAAAUAUUAAGCCUGUCACAAUUUGCUAGUCCAGUGGAGCUCCACCAAAUAACCUGUAAUCAAAAUGAUACAGAAUUCCAGCGAAUACAAUGGACUGAAACAGAAAAACCCAUUUGGUGAAACAUCAGCCCUGUGUAAAUGGAUCAUAUGAAGAAUCAGCCUUUGUAGUUGUGUUGUUGUAAGGCAGCACUUUGACCAUCCCAGAAAUCUUGUUUUAGCUGGCUGGAAUGUACACUGUUUUAACUGCUAUCUUUUGUUAAAUGAAACGUGUAUAUCUUAAAAUGGAUUUGUUUACUAAACAUUUAGAGUGACCAGUUACCCAUAUGACACAGUAGGUCAAUGAAGCAAGAAUUUAAUAAAUGAGAAUGG